CGAUGCGGCCUUAACCGCCAUGGGUCGCUCGCUUCACGCUCUAUCAGCGUACACUCGCCCGUUCGUAGCGAAAAACUCCCGCCAAGCGACAACAGGAUGUCCGUUUUCAAAGCGACAACGCUCCCAAAUCGCUCCAGCUGCAUCGCUAAAUGAAGAGAUAUUCGCAAAUGCGAAACCCUAUUCCGCUGUCCCUGGGCCCAAACCCAUUCCUAUCCUUGGGAAUACGUGGCGAAUGGUACCUGUUAUCGGACAGUUCGAUAUUUCGGAAUUCGCGAAAGUUACGAAGUUGUUUUUAGAGAGGUAUGGUCGAAUCGUUCGUUUAGGAGGUUUGAUCGGAAGACCGGACUUGUUGUUUGUGUAUGAUGCAGAUGAGAUCGAAAGGAUGUACAGGCGAGAAGGACCCACGCCCUUCAGACCAGCUAUGCCGUGUCUUGUGAAAUAUAAAUCGGAAGUGCGAAAGGAUUUCUUUGGUGAUCUGCCUGGUGUUGUUGGCGUUCACGGUGACAAAUGGAGGCAGUUCCGUUCAAAAGUUCAGAGACCGAUCCUGCAACCGCAGACAGUUAAGAAGUAUGUGGCACCAAUCGAGAUGGUGACGGAAGAUUUCAUCUCAUACAUGGAGAAAGCGAGAGAUGAAGUCGGUGACCUACCACACGAGUUCGAUAAUGACAUUCAUAGGUGGUCUUUGGAAUGUAUCGGUCGGGUGGCUUUAGACGUGCGGCUCGGCUGUCUCUCCCCCAACGUGACCACUGACUCAGAACCUCAACGCAUUAUCGAUGCCGCUAAAUAUGCUCUGAGAAACGUAGCCGUACUCGAACUAAAAGCUCCUUAUUGGAGAUACUUUCCAACUCCGCUUUGGACCAAAUACGUCAAUAAUAUGAACUUCUUUGUUGAGUUAUGCUCACGCUAUAUCAACGAAGCUUUGGAACGAUUAAAGAAUAAGAAGGUAACAUCGGAGGAUGAUCUUUCUUUACUGGAAAGAGUUCUACAAAGUGAGGGAGACCCAAAGAUUGCAACUAUUAUGGCACUUGAUCUUAUACUUGUUGGAAUUGAUACGAUAUCAAUGGCGGUAUGUUCAAUUCUAUACCAAGCAGCGACAAGGCUAAAGCAACAAGACAAAAUGGCCGAGGAAAUAAGACGAGUGCUGCCAGACCCGAGUAAACCUCUCACUUACGCAGAUUUGGAUAAACUGCACUACACCAAGGCAUUCGUUAGAGAAGUAUUCAGAAUGUACUCAACAGUUAUAGGAAAUGGAAGAACUCUUCAAGAAGAUGAUGUUAUUUGCGGCUAUCAUAUUCCGAAAGGGGUCCAAGUAGUAUUCCCUACAAUAGUUACGGGAAAUAUGGAGCAAUUUGUUUCCAACCCUGAAGAAUUCAGACCCGAGCGAUGGUUGGAGAGCAAUGGUAGACUACACUCGUUCGCUUCCUUGCCCUACGGAUUUGGAGCCAGAAUCUGUUUGGGGAGACGAUUCGCUGAUUUGGAGAUUCAAGUGCUUUUGGCUAAAUUGCUACGUCGGUAUCGCCUGGAGUACCACCACGAGCCGCUAGAGUACGCAGUCACCUUCAUGUAUGCUCCAGACGGCCCGUUGCGCCUGCGCAUGUUAGAACGGCCGGCGUAGGUCAAUAUAAAGAAACGAGGACGUGUAACAUUGUUUUAGUCGUAUCUUGGAAACCAAUGCAUCUUUUUAAAUUCGCUGGACA